UGUGUUCUUUCUUUUCUAACAGUGGGCCACUAUACGGAUUGAAAAAGGUGUCAAAAAGCCACAGCCACAGAUGCUGAAGAUUCCUGCUGCUAAUGGUAUCAUUGAAAGAGAUGAAACACCUAUGGAGAAAGAAAUUGCGAGUCUACAUCGAAUGGAGUUCCAAUUCUCCGACAUAUUCUAUUUCUGCAGAAAAGGGUUUGAGGCCAUUGUGGAAGAUGAAGUCACUCAGAGGUUUUCCUCUGAAGAGCUGGUCUCCUGGAAUCUCCUCACAAGGACUAAUGUCAACUUCCACUAUGUCAGCCUGAGGCUUACUGUUGUGUGGGUCAUUGGGGUUAUAGUGCGGUACUGCUUCCUUCUGCCACUCCGCUUUACUCUCGCUGCCAUUGGGAUUACCUCAAUGAUUGUGGGGACAACAGUGGUAGGACAGUUGCCGAACAGCAGUCUGAAAAACUAUCUGAGUGAAGUGGUGCACCUCACAUGCUCCCGGAUCCUUGUGAGAGCUCUGUCUGGAACUAUCCAUUACCAUAACAAGGAGAACAAACCUCAGAAAGGAGGCAUUUGCGUUGCCAACCACACAUCACCGAUAGAUGCGAUCAUUUUGACCAACGAUGGAUGCUAUGCAAUGGUUGGCCAAGUUCACGGUGGAUUGAUGGGAGUUAUUCAAAGAGCCACCGUGAAGGCCUGUCCUCACGUCUGGUUUGAGCGCUCGGAAAUUAAAGACCGCCAUCUAGUGACAAAAAGACUCAGGGAACAUGUGGCAGAUAAGAACAAGCUUCCAAUCUUAAUUUUCCCAGAAGGCACCUGUAUAAACAAUACGUCUGUGAUGAUGUUCAAGAAGGGCAGCUUUGAAAUAGGAGGGACAAUCUAUCCUGUUGCAAUCAAGUAUGAUCCUCAGUUUGGAGAUGCAUUCUGGAACAGCAGCAAAUACAACAUUGUCAGCUACCUGCUGCGAAUAAUGACCAGCUGGGCCAUUGUUUGCCAUGUGUGGUACAUGCCACCAAUGGUUAGAAAGGAUGGAGAAGACGCUGUUCAGUUUGCCAACCGAGUGAGGUCAGCCAUUGCUCGCCAAGGGGGACUGACUGAACUUCCCUGGGAUGGAGGUCUGAAGCGAGCAAAAGUCAAAGAUAGUUUCAAGGAAGAACAACAGAAAAACUACAGCAAGAUGUUAGUGAGAAAUGGAUCACAAGGAAGUCUGUCUGCAGGAACAGAGUCAGACUGAAAGGUGGUUCUUAUAAACAAGUAUUAUGCAACCAGCCUUAGCAGGAAUAGUGUUUUUCUUUUUUAAUUAACACAAAAACAAAGCAACAAAAUCCCUUUUGUGUAUGCAUAUUCUCUGUAUGGCUGGUGCAGAGUCUGCUAACAGCAGUGUCUCCUUAUCUCUUUUCACUUCCUUGUUCCUCUGAAUUUUUGUGCAAUAAGGCACUGUAAGUCCUUGUAUUCUCCUGCAGAACAUGUGAAAAAGACUAAAGGGGUUAAAAAAAAAAAA